ACAGGGCUGAGGGAUAACAGGCCGGAACCGAACCAGAUCCAGAAAACUGGCUGGAGCCAUGGCAGCUCCAGGAACACCACCUCCCUCGGCCCCAGAGAUACCUGGUGCCGACUCAGGGGGAGGGAGUGGGGAGCCCAGGCAGCUGCCUGAGCUGAUCCGCCUGAAGCGAGAUGGAAGGCAUCUGAGCGAAGCAGAUAUCAGAAACUUCGUGCACGCAGUGAUGGAUGGAAGAGCACAGGACACACAAAUUGGGGCCAUGCUGAUGGCCAUCCGACUGCAGGGCAUGGACCUAGGGGAGACUUCUGUGCUGACUCGGGCCCUCGCAGAGUCUGGGCAGCAACUGGAGUGGCCCAAGGCCUGGCACCAGCAGCUUGUGGACAAACACUCCACAGGAGGUGUGGGUGACAAGGUUAGCCUGGUUCUGGCACCUGCCCUGGCUGCAUGUGGCUGCAAGGUGCCAAUGAUCAGCGGACGCAGUUUGGGACACACAGGGGGCACACUGGAUAAGCUGGAAUCUAUUCCUGGGUUCAGUGUCACCCAGAGCCCAGAGCAGAUGCUGCAGAUACUUGAGGAAGUCGGCUGCUGCAUUGUCGGCCAGAGCGAAAAGCUGGUUCCUGCGGAUGGAAUCCUGUAUGCUGCACGAGAUGUGACAGCUACUGUGGACAGUGUACCACUCAUUACAGCUUCAAUCCUCAGUAAGAAGGCCGUGGAGGGACUGUCCACUCUGGUGGUAGAUGUUAAGUUUGGGGGGGCCGCAGUCUUCCCAGACCAGGAGAAGGCCCGAGAACUGGCAAAGAUGUUGGUUAGAGUGGGAGCGGGGCUGGGACUGCAGGUCGCUGCAGCCCUGACUGCCAUGGAUAACCCUCUGGGCCGCAACGUGGGCCAUACCCUGGAAGUAGAAGAAGCGUUGCUUUGCCUGGAUGGUGCGGGGCCGCGGGAUCUGCGGGACCUGGUCAUCAGGCUAGGAGGCGCCAUUCUUUGGCUUAGCGGACAGGCGGAAACACAAGACCAGGGCGCCGCCCGAGUGGCCGCGGCGUUGGAUGACGGCUCUGCGCUGCGCCGCUUCCAGUUGAUGCUUUCGGCGCAGGGCGUGGACCCCGGCCUAGCUAGAGCAUUGUGCUCCGGGAGCCCCACGCAACGCCGGCAGCUGCUGCCUCACGCCCGAGAGCAAGAGGAGCUGCUCGCACCCGCAGACGGCGUUGUGGAGUGCGUCCGAGCGCUGCCGCUGGCCCGAGUGCUGCACGAGCUCGGGGCCGGACGCAGCCAAGCGGGGCAGCCGAUCAGACCGGGAGUGGGUGCCGAGCUACUGGUCGACGUGGGCCAAUGGCUGUCCCGCGGGACACCCUGGCUCCGCGUGCACCUGGACGGCCCUGCGCUCAGCAGCCAGCAGCGCCGCACUCUCCUGGGGGCGCUCGUGCUGUCAGACAGAGCACCCUUCAAGGCCCCUUCACCCUUCGCUGAGCUUAUCCUUCCAACGACCACCGCAUAGCCCUAAAUCUCCAACCCACC